GAAGUGAAAAGUUUCUUGACAUCAAUAUGGAAAGCGUUACGAAUUUUUCUGUAUCGCUUAUCAAAGGUUUUAUAGACAGUUUGCGUGGUGUAACAGUGCUACUUUAUUUAGAUAAAGAAAUCAACGAGCGUGCUCUCAGUCGGACGUCUCCCAUCGAUUUUGAUGAUAGUAAACAUAAGCAAAAACAACCAAAAGUUCAACAGGAAUCAAAAGUACUUACUAGAGUUUUACAAUCAUGCAUUCUGAAUGGGUUUAUAUUUUUACUUAGCAUACUUAUAUUUGAGUAUGUGCUGUUACCAGCGGUAAAGUACUUAGUGAUACUCAUAUUUGGGCACAAUCCAGGAGUUGCUCAUAGUGUGUGGGGAUGGAUGCAACCUUUCUUGUCUAUGACCUUCCGGAUGAUAUGGGUUCUUCCACUGUUUCUUCUUAGUAAGCUGGUUAAUAGUCUGUGGUUUCAAGAUAUUGCUGACUCAGCAUACAGGCACAGGCGAGGCCGACCGCAGUUCAUGUCCAGCGUCAGUAAAAUCAUUGCCGACUCAUUAUUUAGUUUAUUGGUGCAAGCGUUAUUUCUAGUUCAGAGUAUGCUAGUCAGUAUGUUACCCAUAACAUACAUAGGGGAGUUAUUAUGCCUGGUGCACAUGUGCCUUCUGUACUCACUGUACUCUUUCGAGUACAAAUGGUUCAACAUGGGAUGGGAACUUCACAAGAGGUUGACCUUCAUAGAGACCAAUUGGCCGUAUUUCCUUGGUUUCGGUCUGCCUUUGGCCGUGCUGACUCAAAUCCCGCAGUCUUAUAUUAUAAGUGGUUGUGUGUUUUCAAUCUUCUUCCCGGUGUUCAUACUGAGCGGGAACGAAGCCACGCCUGUCACAGGAAGUGAUUACCCCCUCAGACUGUUCUCGCCUGUGGUGGCGAUAUCCAAUGGCAUGUUCCGCUUCGUGAGACACAGCGCGGCAGACGACAAAACCAGAUGAUACCUAUAGUGGUAUCGGCGUAAGGGGUCGUAGUUACAUCUAGGGUUCACGCUUAACUCAAGCGAAAGCUUAGUACAGCAUUUUUUUUUAUUCUACUACAAGUUAGCCCUUGACUGCAAUCUCACCUGGUGGUAAGAUGUUAGGGAUGGCAGUUACAUUAAGCCCCUAAUCGGUUUCUAGCGACAUCGUACCGGAGAACUAAAGCGCACGGCACAUCUUUUUCGGUAGGGUGGUAACGGGCACGGCCGAAGCCUUCCACCAGACUAGACCAGAGAAAAUUUAGACCUAAAAUUUUUAAUUAUAUCGUCGGAGGUCGUCAAAAAUAGAUUUCAUUUUACGAAACCAUGUUACGUAUAGAACUAUAGCCAUAUUUGCUUUACGCUCUGUAGUCUUGGUGCAAGAUGUGAUCGCUCGCAAUCGAAGAGUCGUUUUCGAGUAUUGUAAUACUUGAAAAUCGGGGUAAAAUGGAUCUUAUUUGAUAUGCAUUAAAGUUCAAAUUUGCCUACGAUAUUUAACUCGUGGGUCUUCUCAGAACGUUUGUGAAACAAGAUUCAGAACUGCAGGAUUUGCGACUCUAAAUCGAGCGCAAUCAGGUCCAUUUUACUUUGAAGAGAUACAGAGUUUGAUAUUAACGACUUCCUCGCUUGCGAGUGUGCAAGUUUUGUGCCUAUGGUUUUUUAUUACAUUCUAUCGCACACAAUAUCAAACGAACAACGUCUCGACUCAAGUGCUGAUUCAAAAAUGAGGUUCAAACAACAUAUACCAUUAUUAAAUUGGCAUGGUGGGAAGUUUCUGUAAAAAUUUAGUAAGCACAAUAAUUGCAUGUCAUAUUUUGCAACAAGGAUUUUUCUCAUAUAUUUUUUUAUCAUUAUUUUUAUGGCAUAGUGAAAAAAAAAACUUGCUCAUCUCGGAAAAUGAAUUGUGCAGCUAAUCGAAGAUUGAUCCCAAAUCUAUGACAUGGAGAUCGUAGCGUUUGGCUAGUUAUCAUGUUCAACUCAUUUAAUAACUAUUAAAAUAUAUUGGCAAUUGCAUUUACGAGUAUCUCUCUAAGUGUUUAGAGAAUCUACUUAUGCCGCGUGAACACUAUGCUGUAGGUACAUAUCAUCCAAAAUCAAAACACAUUCGUAACAUGAUAUUGCUGCUUUAAGUUUUAAUGGACAGGGUGAAGCUUUUAUUGUCUUAUAUAUACGUUGUGUGUGCUAAAAUUGUAAAAUAAAAUUGCUUAUCAAUAUUUUAUCCGGCUUCAAAUGUGGGAGAGGAUUAAAAACGUGGCUUGCUUUAAUUUUGUAAUCUACCAAUAAUGUCCUAGUAGAAACUAUUACAAUAAUGUUCUUAGUAAUGGCAUACUUAUGAUUAACUUAAAGUAUGAGUGAUUUAUCAUAAGAAAGAGAUAUUGUCUCGUGAUUUUUGUAAAUCAGAUCCUCAGUGACAAUGAGGAAUAGAAAUGUACCAAACACAGACCCCUGAGAAACUCCGUUUUUCACGACUGUUGGAUCGAUUUCAUAAUGACUUUAAAUCUACUGUCUCUAUUUCUUAGUGGCUUAAUUUAAUGCCGAAUGCUUCGCAUAGAACACAAUUGAAUGCGAACAGUGUACUGAUUCGGUAGGUACUUAUUAUAAUAAGGUGCAGCGAGAGGCAAAGCUAAAUAAAACUAUUAAAAUUGCGUAAGCAGUAGCCAUCUUUUCCUGAAACUUUCUGUUUGGUACAACACUGAGUUAUCAAUUAUAAAUAUUUGUAGUAAUUUUUCACCAAUGGUGCCUGGAUUAGAAAUUAUUUUAUUGUGUCUUAACUUUUCGGUUUUACAAAUAAAUAUUGUAAUCAUAAUAAUAUAUUACUUACUUAUCGCUAUAUAUUAUAGGGUUUAACCACAGAUGUAAAAAUCAUUCUCACUUUAAAAUAGUCGUUAAAUUGUGAUUUUAUUUUUACAUGACAUAAUUUAUUAAAGUAUAUUGACUGAUCA